AUGGGGUGCCGCAUUUGCCGAGCUCGCCGCAUCAAAUGUGAUGAGACCCCCGAGUCAUGUCGGAACUGUACCUCAACGGGCCGAAAGUGCGACUACGACAGUCAGCGCCUACCGCGUCGACUACCUGGCUUAAGAUCGACGGUCGGAUCUGGGGUACUAUCCACACAAAUUUUCGAUGGCUUCCGGUGGAAGAUUACGUCGGACGAGCGUCGGUGCUUUUCGUUCUUCCAACACCGGUCGCUCCCAACGGUAAUCGGAUACUUUGACUCCCCACUGUGGCAGAGGCUGGUUCUGCAGAUGAGCCAGGCCGACCGAGCAGUCUAUCAUGCUGUCGUCGCGUUCUCCGCAGUCCAUGCAGACUACGAGGCGCGCGGGAACCCGUUAGCGAUCCAAAAUCUGGACAACUCGUGGCAGCGGUUUGCCAUCGACCAAUGCGGGAGAGCAUACGCACUGUUGAUUGCGCGCUCUGCGUCGCAGGAUCCUAAUUUACAGGAGGUCAUAUUGGUUUGUUGUAUGCUAUUUGUACUCUCAGAGCUCAUGCGCGGGUCCUAUGACAUUGCCUUUAUGCAUCUGCGAAAUGGGUUGCAAAUUCUGAAGCAUGCAGACUGUUACCAAUCGCCCGAUGCAUAUCCUACACGCUCGUCGAUUAUAGAACAGAGUCUCGUUGACACCUUUUCCCACCUAGAUGUGCAGUCGGCAUAUUACGGUGUGGGCGAUUUAGUACUCCAUGAGCAACCAGACUUGUCGCUUCCCGCGUCAGACGACGGCGAUGUGAAAGCAUUCCAGCAUCUAUGCGAAGCCCGAAGGGUAUUGGACCGUCUCUUGGGAGCUGUGUUCCAGUUUCAUACUUCUACCGCACCCCUGUCAACGACAGAUAUCAUUGUCAACUAUGGAUCCCUUUCGACGCGGCAAUUCCAUCUCAGAUCCGAGCUUCGGUACUUCACCCAAGCAUUCGAUCCACUUUAUCGAUAUCUAUCUACGCAGUGUGAUAGUAAAGAGAAGCGGGGUGCGGAUAUCAUCUACUUACACCAGCUGUCCAUGUCCCUCGUUCUGGACACAUGUCUUCUCGAUCGCACCAAGGAGAUCUUCGAUUAUUAUACGCCGAGAUUUACGAGACUUGUCACCAUGGCCGAGGAGAUUAUAGCCAGCUUCCCAGACCGUCCAAGCAUUUUGCUUCAUAUGGGAGUCAUCGCUCCGUUGUUCUUUGUUUCAGCUGAGUGUAGUGAUCAUGAGGUUCGGCGACGAGCAAUUCGAGCGCUCCAAUCUUGGCCGCAUCGCGAAGGGACUUGGGACUCGAGACUGCUCGCAAGAAUAGCGAUUGAGACAAUGAAAGUUGAGGAACAGGCCGCCAAAGGUGAGGAUCCAUCUUCUCGGGUCAGAUGGGCUUUUACCACGGUAUCGCCAGAGGACAAAUCGCAGGCUCAGAUGCUGUAUACUCUGGAUGACGGAAGCGUGGUUGAAUCACGUACAUUUACUUUGGAACAGGAGGACGCCUACCUACUGGCAGAAACAAAUAAAGUCCAAUGA